AUGCCAGUCUCGGUGCUCGUACUUGUCUCCCGUGCUGCAUCAAGGUUGGCGGCCAGACAUGAAGGCGAAUUGAAGCACUGGCAGUCACUGGCACCGAGCAGAAGGGGCCAAGCAGGUUUGGAUGAUGAAAUCUUCUACACCGGGUUUCUGCAGGAGGGCAUCAUACAGUCCGGUCUGCAGGAUGGUGUCAUCCAGUGCUUCUCAGAAGCGAUGGCUGUGCUGCUGCUUGUGGAACUCUCAUGGGCAAUGCAGCAUUUCACUGCUUGGAUGAGGGAUUCUUCUACGCUCAGAUUUCUGCAUUAG